UUUGAAGCUGCCAAAGAAACACAGAACGUGAAGCUGCCAGUAUCUGCUUUAAUGUUUUUACUUAAAAGGAACUGGUUAUACGGCCGGAGGUAUGGUGGAGGAGAAUAAAAUUGUGCAGAACUGAUCUUCUCAGGGCCUGCAGCCUGAUGGAGCCAGAUGUGGAUCUUUGGACCCUCAAUAGUCGCUCAACCAAACUGAGUUGUGAUUUAACCUGUAAAGGCAACAAGUAGACUGAAGACAAAGAUCCCAGCUAUGCGAUGGACAACUUGACUCUGGCGGCCAAUGCUUCAGGUUGUUUCUCCGUCGAUACGCCCUUCAGGAGAAGGCUCUUUCUGCUCUACUACCUGACCGUCAUCAUCAUCGGCGUCCCUGCUAACGCCUUCUCCCUCUACGUGUCGUGCCAGCACAUCAGACGGAAGAACGACCUCGGCGUUUAUCUCUUCCAUCUGGCCUUGAGCGACCUGACCUUCACCUUGGGCCUUUCCCUGUGGAUGGACUUCCUGUGGAGAGGUGUUUGGGACCAUGGAGGCUACCUUUGCUUGGUCUCCGUCUACUCGCUCUACACCAACUUCUACACCAGUGAAGCUCUCCUCUGCUGCAUUGCCGUCACCCGCUACCUUGCUGUGGUUCACCCGCUGAAGUGUGCAUGGAUGAGGAAAGUCAGCACUGCCGCAGUGAUCGCCGUUGCCAUGUGGGUGUUAGUGAUGGGCUUUAACGCUUCCACCAUAACCUGGGAGGACUCCUACCAAGAAACCAGCAUGUUUUCAUUGUGCUAUGAGAUUUUUCUGCCAGUGUCGCAGACCCUGGUCAAUGCCAGCAUCGCCCGUUUCUUCCUGGGCUUCGUGGUUCCAGUUCUCAUCGUCUUUUACUCCACCUGGAGCACCUGCCUGGCGGUAAAAUCCAACCGGGCCACGGUGGACGAGGAACGCCUACGGAUUUUAAAGCUACUGACGGUGGUUCUUUUGUGCCUUGUGCUUUGCUUCGGCCCGGUCCAUGUCGUCAUGAUUGUCCGCAUGCUGCUGCUGCAUGGCUGCGUGAGUUUUAAGUGGUUCCUCUGUAUUUACAAGGUUAGCCUGGCUAUAUCCAGCAUCAACUGUCUUAUAGACCCACUGCUCUACUGUUUCAUUACUAGAACAGGCCAGGAAAAUGUCAAACAGGUUCUGAUUUUCUUCUUGGGAAAGCAGAGAAGCACGGAGGAGGUAAAUUAUGUAUGUUAA